GCAGAAAAGUUGAUUUUAUUUUUUAAAUAUCAAGGUGACCAUGCUGUUCUGUGUGUCAGAAUCAAGAACGUAGCAGUAGCUGUGACAAAAGCAGCUCGACUUCACCUGUUUCAAGCACAGGAAUGGCAGAAGCUGCAGAACAGUAUUCAAGAUGACAGCUGUACUGAGAAGUUCUCUAAAGCUCAGCUGACAAUGACUGUGAACCACACAGAGCAAAAUCUGACAGUGUCCCAGAUUCCUUAUCCGGAAACAUGGUAUGUGUUUUAUGUAGACAAGUUUACCUGCGAGGAGAAUUAUUCUGAAUCCGAGGAUAUUCAGUUUGAAAUGGUCUUACUAAACCCAGAUGCAGAAGGGAACCCGUUAGAUCACUUUAGCGCAGGGGAAUCUGGAUUACAUGAAUUCUUUUUCCUGCUUGUCCUAGCGUACUUCAUAACUGCCUGCAUAUAUGCACAGUCCCUGUGGCAAACAAUUAAGAAGCGUGGACCUAUGCAUGCUGUAUUAAAGGUGUUGACAGUUGCGUUACUGUUGCAGGCUGGUUCAGCUUUUGCCAACUACUUGCAUUUCUCAAGUUAUUCUAGAGAUGGAAUAGGAGCACCUUUUAUGGGAAGUCUGGCAGAAUUGUGUGACAUAGUGUCACAGAUACAAAUGCUAUAUUUAUUGUUGAGUCUGUGUAUGGGUUGGACAAUAGGCAGAAUGAAGAAAUCUCAUGGCAGACCUCUUCAGUGGGAUUCUACUCCAACAUCUACUGGCAUUGCUGUAGUAGUUGUCAUUACACAGGGCUUUUUAUUAAUUUGGGAGCAGUUUGAAGAUACAAAUCACCACAGCUACCAUUCACACCAUGGCUUAGCAAGCGGACUGCUUAUUGGCCUGAGAGUUUGCCUAGCUUUGUCACUGGCUGCUGGUCUUUACCAGAUCAUCACAGUGGAGAGAAGCACGCUGAAAAGGGAGUUCUAUAUCACCUUUGCCAAAGCCUGCGUUCUCUGGUUUUUGUGCCACCCAUGUCUUGCAACCAUUUCUGUAAUAUUCAGAGAAUAUCAAAGAGAAAAGAUUAUUACCAUAGGUGUUAUCCUCUGUCAGUGCAUCUCCAUGGUUAUCCUCUACAGACUUUUUCUAUCUCAUAGUCUAUAUUGGGAAGUAUCUUCACUGUCAUCAGUGACAUUGCCACUAACAGUAUCCUCUGGACAUAAAAAUCGACAUCACUUCUGAGAUGUUUAGGAAGAAUAUGUUAUGUAAUAAAUGUGCAAUAAUGACCUAAAUAUAUAGGUAUUUUUGUCACGGGUGUGUGAUACGUUGGUUUCACUGGAAAACUGAGUGAUAAUAUCAGAGCACUUCACAGACCUUUGGUCUGACAAGGUCCCUAGAUAAUUCUGUUAAAAGUAUUGUGAAGUGGAAAGAUACAUAAUUUGAAUAAUUUUAUAAAUAUAAUUUAUGUGUAGCAUGUGGUGCUGAGCUGUAUCACAGAAAAGUACGAUGAGUCUUUUCUCUUCCAUUCACAGCCACAAAAAAUAUCCCUACUUUAUAUCAAUACUAGGUUUGAAGGUCUUAUAAAAUGCAGUUCUUAAAACAUCUACAAGCUCAAACAAGUCUGAAAUAGGCCAGUUGUGAAAUUGGUGUGAUGCGUAAUGAUGAGUGCAAGUUCUUUUAUUUUCAUGCUUUAGAGAAAAUGCAUUUUAUGUGUAAGUAUAAAAGAAGGG